AGCUUCAGAAGUUCAGCCGAGUUCAUGCAGCAGCAGUUUCUCUCAUGUUCACAGCACUCCUUGCCAAAGUCUAGCUAGGGCACAGCAUUUAGUAUUGACGCCUCUUUUGAAAGAAUGGCUUCUUCAAGCACUGCGCUCCAUCACGGAUCGCGUAAUCUGGCCCCCCACCGACUCUCUAGUUCAGAUUCAUUUGCGUCGGAGCUCUGGCGGGCUCGUCCGCUAUGCCCCUGCGCAGAGCGGCCCUCAAGGGAAGGGGAAAAGAUGACCAGACGUGGACCAGUCUUAGUGAGCGCGAGCAACAUGGAGCUUCGGGAACGUACAAAGGGGUCACUUGUGCCCGAAACACUGAAGGAGAUGGAGACCGACGUUGACUUCCAGAGGACGAAGCAAGCGUUGCUGGAGCGGGGGCAGGCGGCUCUAACAGCGGAGGAGCGGAAGAAGCGGCGACGGGCCCUGGAUAACCUGGGGGUCCCGUCUUUUGACCACUUUUUGAAGGAACAGGGCCUAUCCCCGCUCACUCGAAAACCAGUCACGACGCUCCAGCUCAACAUCGGACUAUACUGCAACCAAGCAUGCGCGCAUUGCCAUGUGGAGUCCUCCCCCCUCAGAACGGAACAGAUGGACGAGCGGGUGGCGAGAAAGGUCGUUGAGGUGUUGGAUCGCAGCCCCGAGAUCCACACGGUGGAUAUCACAGGGGGCGCUCCAGAGUUGCAGCCUCAGUUUAGGUACCUCGUAACUGAGGCGCGUCGACAGGGAAAGGAGGUUAUCGACCGGUGCAAUCUGACGGUGCUCUAUGAGCCGGGACAAGAGGAUCUGGUCGACUUUCUGGCGGACAAUCAAGUGCGGAUCGUUGCGUCGAUGCCGUGCUAUGGACCGAAAAACGUUGACGACCAGCGAGGGCGGGGCGUGUUUGAGAAGAGCAUACAGGCGCUUCUGGAUCUCAAUGCCCGAGGGUACGGCAAGGAAGGAAGCGGUCUUCUACUGGACCUCGUAUACAAUCCCAUCGGGGGUUUCCUACCGCCCUUGCAGUCGAGCUUGGAAGCGGCUUACAAGGAUGAGCUCAGCAAGACGUACGGCAUCACCUUCAACAGCCUGUUCACGAUUACGAACAUGCCCAUCAAAAGGUUUGCGGAUCACCUCUCCCGGAAGGGUGAACUCCAGGCCUACAUGGAGUUACUGGUAAACAACUUCAACCCGGCCGCAGCGGAUUCGGUGAUGUGCAGAGACCUCAUCAGUGUUGGCUGGGAUGGAACCGUGUACGAUUGCGACUUUAAUCAGCAGCUUGCGCUCGGAAUGCCGCCGGGCUUGCCCAAAUCAAUCUUCGACAUUGACUCCACCGCCAGUCUGUUGGGCGCCCGCAUUGCCACGGACAACCACUGUUUCGGAUGCACGGCAGGGCACGGGUCAAGUUGCACAGGGGCUGUCGCGUAAGGUGGACGAGCGGUACCAUGGAAGGAACAAUCAAAGUGAAGGACUUCACCCAAUAGAACUCGUGAAUAUUCACCGCUUAGGGAAUAGCCGCUACAGAUCGACAUAUGAAGGGCAGCCUUCAGAAAUGACUCUGCAUAUCUAGCUAGCAAGGACGUGAAUUGUUAAGGAAGCGCGCAUAGCCUGUACGGUAGAUCAAGCCCCAUGGUAUGCUUAGAUUUACCUGCGGGAUCUAGGCACGCGCUGUACGAAGCCUGUAAUGGACAGGUUGAUAUGUAGUGUCUUCAAGCUGAUGUAACCAAUCAGCUCGGGCAGCCAUUCGAAUCUAAAUGCAGGAUCUGUCUGGCCCGCGGGUCCGGCGCGCCGGCCAUCCGAUCUUGACAUGAUGAUUUGGACUUGUAUACACGUACACGCAGGACAGUAGCAUCUCACAGCGGGCCGGGCCGCCUCUAGGUCACUUAGUUUUUGGAG